AUGUCUGCCGAUUUACAAACCAAAUUUUCCAAUUUUUUGAUAAGUGCAAAAGAAAGCCUUAUAACCACUACUUCGGUUAUUUACCAAGGGAUAAAAGAGGAACCUUGGAUUUCGGAAGAUGAGUUACGAUCUAUUGUAGACCAAGCAGUAAGGAUUGCCAACAACUUUUGCGAGGAUGUUAAGAAACCUGUUAAAGAAUUAUCCUGGAAGGAUCCUUUGGCAAGCCAAGUCAUCAGCGAUAAAUCAGAUAUAGUGAAGAAUCUUCCUAGGGACAUCAAAAAAGGAUUUAAUGCCAAUAGUCCAAGAGAUAUCACAGAAGAUUUUAGAAGGUGUGAUGAUAAAAUGAAGCCUAAAUGGACGCAUAAUAAAACUUGGAAAGAGUCUGAAGAAACUACUUCACGUGUUGUCAAAGAAAUUUUAAGCGUCCUGAAAAAUAUUUGGAAUAACCCAGCAUUCGGGUCUGAAGUUGCAAGAACAUUAAAUGAAAGAACGUAUCAACAAACCGUAAUUGUACCAUUAAUCCAAGUUGCUUUAAAAAAUCUCCCUGUGGGAGAUUCAUUUGG